AUGAGGGUUGUUGAGGCCUUCAAAACCGCCAAUCGAGACGUGAAAAUAUGCUGGUUAUCAGCAUUUUUACGUCUUAUGUCUUAUGGGUUGACUAACCAGAUUCUGACGCUAUUUUUGAGUGAAAUUCAUGUUUCCGAGCAGCAGAUGGGUUGGUUCAUGUCAUUAACGCUUAUCGGUGACGUGGCAAUCUCAUACCCCCUGACAUGGUACGCAGACCGGCUGGGAAGGCGCAGGACCCUUGUGGCGGGCGCCAUAGCCAUGUGUGCGAGCGGGGUUGUGUUUAGUUAUAGCGAGAACUAUUACGUCCUCCUGACAUUUGCAGUGCUGGGCGUGAUUUCUCCCUCCAGUGACGAGGUAGGGCCUUUCAAGUCGAUCGAGGAGUCGACGCUUGCGCAUUUGACCCCGCAUAACAAGCGGCCAGAAGUGUAUGCUGUGCACUGGAUGAUGAGCACGAGUGGAAGCGCAUUGGGCUCGAUCAGUUGCGGAUGGAUUGUGCGACUUUUGCUUGAAACUGGCGCGGCAGAUACACUGCUAGACUGUCAUAAGCUUGUGUUUGUCGUCUACGCGGUUUUGGCAGCUGCAAAAUUGGUCGCCAUUCUUCUUCUUUCCGAUGCGGCGGAGACAGGUCAUUCGAACAACACACUCCCCGAGACAGUGGAAGAAGAGACAGCAGUCCUUUUGAAAUCGCGUCGCGCAACCAGAGGUUUGUCGCCAGAGACGUACGCCGUGCUUGUAAGACUGUUGAUCGUUUUCAUGCUAGACUCCUUCGGCGUCGGAUUUAUGACAAGUGCUUGGAUGGUAUUUUACUACUCCACGGUAUUUAAACUCACUUCAGUGGCUCUGGGUACCCUCUUCUUCAGUGCUGGAAUAAUAAUGGCGCUCUCGUCGCUACCUUCGUCGAUAUUGGCCCGCAAAUUUGGGCCUGUCAAAGCGACCUUAGUCGCCCAGGUGCCCUCUGCUCUCUUCUUCAUGCUUAUCCCUUUCGCUGAGUUCUACUUUCCCUUAUCGGUCUUGCUCUUCAGUCUAUACAAUCUCACAGUGGCCAUGGACGUGACACCGAGACAGAUCUUGUUAACCAGCAUCAUAAAACCUGCCGAUCUUACCAGAGUAAUGGGUAUCGUGAAUAUGGGGAAAACGUUUUCCCGGUGCAUUGGACCUAUUUUCACCGGCUUACUUGCGGAAAAGGGUCUGCUUUGGAGCUGUUUCACGAUCAGCGGCAGUUUUGUUCUUCUUGCUGACACUGUUUUGCUUGCAUCUUUCUCACAUGCAGACGCAGAGAUCUUGAGUAAAACCAAUUCAUGA